AACAUGAAAUUUUGUAAAUGGAUAUGGAUUUUAAGUCUGCCAGACAUCCAAUGAAAUAAGAGUUUAGACGGUGGCGUCGCAUUUUGACAAGAGCAGAAAAGUGGCCGAGAAAGUGUUCAGCACUCUAAUUAUGUCGGUCGAGAUAGAAUGGGAGCACAAAUCGGAAGCAAGGCGAAACAUCCAACAGAUGCGUAAUCCAAAGAAGCAAUGUUGAAGCGGCUCUCCUGUGGGGGUGCCUGUAUUUACGAACAGACGACAAGUACGAAUGCCUGAGGUAAGCCUCAAGACGAACUCAAACAGACGACAAGUCGAUAUCGAGCAAUGAUAUUGCAACUUUCCGAUUCCCCAUUGGUCACAGUGUAGUAAUGGAAGCUAAUAAUAGCAUAUAACCCCAUAUGCAACUAGAAGAGGAACCUGGGCGCAAGUACCUGCUGUGUCUGAAAAAAACAAAUGCGGCUCCAUCUUGAUGAACUGCUUUUAGCAAUCCCAGAAGGGAAUCAGCCGAGAGGGGACGAGAGGAUAGUGAACUUAUAGUGUUAGCGAGAACAGUUUUUGUGUUUAAGAUAAAUAGAAGAGCCAAAAUGGACAACACCGUCCUGGUCCAAUUUUUCGGAAGGGUCAACUUUAACGCCAUUUUUGAAAUUAUUAGAAUUAAGAAAAAAAUAUUUUCAUUUUUGCCACCAGGACCCCUUAAAACAACAGAUUGAAGACUGUCUUGAUGACCGCUUAACUACCAGAAACAUUCCAGACAUUUACCAGGGAGAUUAUUUGUCUCCUAGCCGGAAACACGGUGUAUGCGCAUUGCGGUGGCAAAUUUGAUGAACGAUUCAGGUCAGGUUCUGAGACCCGUCCAUGUGCCAUGUCCAUGUGAACAUAUUUAUAUGUAUAUAUGUAUGUAUAUAAUUGGCGUGUACACCCUUUUUUGGGUGGAGGACCGAGCUCCUCCUCCUAUUUAUAAUGUACGUCUUGAUGUUGUUCCACAAAUGGAGGGUCCUACAGUUUCAAGCCGACUCCGAACGGCAGAGGAGCUUUUUCAUGACAGAAAUACACUAGGAGGUAUGGCAUUGCCUGCCGAGUGGCGACCGUUACUAGAAAAAACGUUUUCUUAAUUUUGAUGUUUCACCGAGAUUCGAGCCUACGUUCUUUCUGAAUUCCGAAUGGUAGUCACGCGCCAAUUCAUUCGGCUACGGCGGGCGUCCAUAUGGUAUAACUGGUAUUAAAAUGCGAAUUAAGAUAUUUUGUGUAUCUUUGUAUAUUACGAGCAGGAUUGCUUCGUUCUCAACAUUUAACAAACGUAAAAGGCUGAUAGUAGCUGAACAAAAAUCAUAGAUUUGCUAUCCGGUAAAACUCAACUAAUGAUUGCAGCACUUUGACGAAAGGCUGUAUUCAUUACAAAAUUAUAGGAAUUUCAAAUUUACUUGUAAAUGUGAAAGGAACGUGUUACGCCGCCUUAAAAAAUAAAUGACGCCAACUUGGGAAAUGGUCAGAGCCAUUGAAGAAUUUGCUUAUCGGAUAUGAGUAGAAUCUAAGCACUUCCCCUCUAGCAACAGGGAAUACAAUUGGUGCUAUUCACAAUAAGAUAAGAGUUUGUAAUCACUCACAGCAAAGCUAGAUAAUCGUUGGAUUCCUGUGAUUUACUCGUAGAUCUAACAAUACAAAUAAAAUAUAUACAUUUUCGACACGUAUUAAAAUAAAAAACUUUUGCAGUACCUUCUGAUAAUAAAUUAAUAUUUUGUUGAAACGUAUUAUAGCCCACGUAUUUGAGCCUAACAAACACCAAGUCGCCAUUUCACUGCUACUGUUAUACCCUGUGAUCAGAAAGUACCGGGAAUGUUUAAAAACAAAGUUAAAUUUCAGGCAAAUUUAUUUUGUCUCCUUCAAAAUAUUACUCUGCGUUUGUUCGAUCCAAAUUAGAUUAUGCCUCUUUUAUUUGGAGACCUUAUCAUGCAGUCCACAUAAAUCGAGUGGAGAGGGUUCAAAAAAUCUUUGUGCAUUUCGCACUACAUUCACUUAAUCUCUCAGAGCCGAAACCAUCAUACGAAUCUCGCUGUCGUUUGAUUAGUCUCUUUCCAUUAAGUGGCAGAGGUACUUUUCAGGAAGUAUCAUUUAUCUUUGAUCUCAUUAAUGGACAAAUUGGCUGCCCGGUCCUUCUAGAAAGAAUACAGUUUAAUGUUCUUCGCAGAUAUUUUCACCGUUGCAAAAUUUUUCGCGUUGGCUUUAGUAGGGCAUUAUAUAGUGCCAAUGCGCCUCUCGUUAGAACGUUGUCUGGCCUUAAUUAUCUCGCCUCCCUUUUGGAUUUAGACUUUUCUAGGACCAAACUCGUAUUUCAAACGCAAUUCAAAAAUUACUUUCUAUGUAAGAAAUCUAAAUAAAACCUAGUAUAUAUUUGUUAUUUUAGUUUCUUAAGUAUUAAUUUUGUUAAUAACUUCUAUAUAUUUUUAGCAAUUUAAUGGUUUCUUAUGUUGCUAAUCUAAGUUUUCUACACUGUUUGAUAUUAAAUAUUGUAAAUUUGUAUUUUAGUUCUGAAAUUUAUAUCUUAAAUGUCUGUUCUGAAUUUUGUUAGGCAUUAAAUAAAUAUAUAAAUAAAUAUGACCCGUCUGAAGCAACACACAUCUGCCAACGUUUAAUCCAAUCCUCCAUGCAGCCCUGGUAGGCCGACGAAGGGAUGGCCUUCAAGUCCUUCGUCGCAUUCUCUUUGAUCUCCUCUAUUGACAAAAAAUCUCCUUCCACGAAGUGGUAACAACUUCAACUUGGGAGACAAAAAGAAAUCGCACGGGGCCAUAUCAAGUGAAUAAGAUGCUUCCACGAUGGUAUUUAUUUGGUGUUUCAUCAAAUAAUCCAGCACAAUUUGGUAUCGGUGCGAUGGCGCGUUAUCAUCAUGCUAAAUCCAAGAAUUGUUGCUCACAUUUCUGGCCCUUUGCGACGUACUCUCGUAUCUCGUCCGUAUAUCUCAAACGCUUCAAAACGGAUAAAUAUUACUCUUUAUUGACUGUCUGGGCCGAUGGAAGUACUCAUGAUGCACUACGCCUUGGCAAUGGAAGAAAGCAGUCAACAUCACCUUCACGGUAUUUUUUUAUCAUAAGUGCAUUAGGAAGAACUAUCAGCAGAUAAUUAUUGGGCAUACGAAAUUCGUAAUUAAAAAGAAUGCGGAAAACUCUCUACCACAUGGUACCUCUCACGCACAUUUCCUAUGCAGUUUAAGAACAUAAAACAAAUGUCAGUGUUGCAAAAUCAUACAAAUAUUUGGUUUCCAUUCUUGCAAAUCCAUAAAUCGUGCAACCACCGUACAGAAAAGCAGAAAAAUAGAAUACAAUGGAAAGCGACGAAAUGCACUUCUCAGCAGAAUUAUUCAGCUGGAAUUUUGCUAUUUGGCGGCACAUGGGAUAUUUGGAUGAACAAAAAAGGCGACUGGCCCACUUUAUAAUCUCUAUGCCAACAGUAGUAUGUGUAUUGGUCGGUUUCGCCUUCUUUAUGAGUAAAAAUGAUCUAGAAGAAGAUAUCUACAAUUUCUUCAUUAUAAUGGUUUGUUUUACGGCCAUAUUACGAGUUCUGGUGGUAUUAAUGAGACAACGAAAAUUUUUGGACUUGUUCAAAGUUAUUGAGUACUGGUACAUCGAACUGCAACUUCAAAAUAGCGAAAAUGCACUGGAAAAAUUAAAGGAACUUACUAAAAAGGCUCGGUUCUGUACCAAAUAUGGUCUGCGAUGUGCCUUGCUUGUUGAUGUAUUUAUCGCUCUUCAGCCAAUGAUAACGGGAUAUGGCAAACUCGUGGCCGAUGUUAAAUUUCCUGGCAUCGAUUUCCACAAGAGCCCCAUUUAUGAGAUAAUGUAUCUACUGCAAACCUGCUGGGUUCUACCCAUAACAACAUUCUCCUAUGUGCCAUAUGUAAAUUUUCUAUUGAUCUUCAUAAGCUUUGGCAUUUUCGCAAUCAGAGAUCUACAGAGAAGAUUAGAAGAUCUAUGCCUAAUGGAUGACAGGGAUGCGUUGGACAAUGUCAAGAGAUGUGUUGCCUAUCAUGUGAGAAUCAUCAAAUUUCACGAAGAUUUGGAGCAAUUUUUUUCGCUAAUGAGUUUGCUAGAUGCGAGCUUGUAUUGUGUAACACUUUGCAUGAUGUUGGUCUAUACGACCAUGGAAUUUACGAUGCCACUUUUGAUUAAAGGCAUAGGAAUUUUACUAGUUUUAACAACAUUAAUUUUUUUAACCUAUUGGCUGGCCGACACUUUCACUCAUGAGAGUCUGAAUAUCGCUGAAGUCGCUUAUAAUACCAAUUGGAUGGACCGUGAUAAGGAAUUUCGCAGAUGCAUUUUACUAAUUAUCGCCAGAAGUCAGCGUCAUCUGACGCUCACUGCAGGUGGUUUCAAACCAAUGAAUAUGAAUACAUUUAUGGUUAUAAUGCGCUCUUCUUACUCAUUUUUCUCUCUUCUACAGAGCACAAUGUAGAAUAAUGUCAAGUAAAAAUGUAAAGGAAAAUAUUCGCAUGGAAAAGUGUAACAGUUAUAUUUUUUAAAUAGAAAUCAAAACUGCUUAAAAUAAAUGUACACAAUU